AUGUCCGCCUCCAUCUUCCUCCUAGUCCUAUGGCUUGUCAGCAUCCCUCUCAUGAUCCACGCCAAUACCCCACCAAGAGGUUACCUCCUAAACUGUGGCGCCGCGGACGACGUAGAAGAAGGACCCCUCAAAUAUAUCACAGACGAUGAUUUCAUCACAACUGGAAACAAAACAAAGAUAAAAAAACCAGACACAAUACCAAUUUUGCAAACUCUUAGAUUUUUUCCCAAUGCCGGCGCGAAGAAAUAUUGUUACAAUGUCCCUGCUAUAAAGGGAGGGAAACAUCUGGUGAAAACUAUGUAUUACUACGGAGGAUUUGAUGGAGGAGAGGAACCACCGGUUUUUGAUCAGGUUGUUGAUGGUACAAAGUGGAGCAUUGUGAAUACCACAGAGGAUUAUGCUCAGGGGCUCAGCUCCUACUAUGAGGUCAUUGUCGUAGCGCAUCACAAGUAUUUGAGUAUUUGUCUAGCAAGAAAUGAUCACACUCUUUCCAGUCCUUUUAUUUCAGCUCUUGAAGUGCAUCAUCUUGAUGAUUCAGUUUAUAAUUCUACCAAUUUCAAGAAGUAUGCGCUGGUGACUCUUGCUCGAAAUAGUUUUGGCUCAGGUGGAAACAUCAUUAGUUUUCCAGAUGACAAUUUUAAUCGAUACUGGCAUCCCUUUGCGGACCAAAAUCCCUUUGUCGCAAGUCACUCCAAUGUUACUUCUUCCACAUUUUGGAACGUCCCACCACAGAAAGCUUUUGCAACAGCACUUACAACGAGCAGGGGGAAGACUCUUACAGUUAGGUGGCCGCCAUUUUUCCUCCCUACCCGGCGCUACUAUAUUUCACUAUACUUUCAAGAUAACCGGACCCCAAGCCCAUUUAGCUGGAGAGUUUUCGACGUUCAUGUGAAUAACGAAACUUUCUACAGCAACCUCAAUGUCACCACAGAUGGUGUGACCGUUUAUGGCACCGAAUGGCCUCUUACCGGGCACACUGAAAUUUCCCUGAUUCCGAGGAACGAUAUGCCGGUUGGGCCUCUAAUUAAUGCUGGUGAAAUCUUUCAGCUUAUAGCCCUUGGAGGAAGGACUGUUACCAGAGAUGUGGUGGCAAUGGAGGACUUCAAAAAAAGUUUCGACAAACAACCUGAGGAUUGGGCUGGAGAUCCAUGCCUACCUAGAGAUAACCCGUGGACUGGAGUAACAUGCUCCACAGGAAAAUCCAUUCGGAUUGUCUCCUUGAAUCUGACAGGGUAUGGAAUAUCAGGGUCAUUGCCAAAAAGUAUAUCUAAGUUAACUGCACUCAAGCAUCUUUGGCUUGGAGACAAUAAGCUUACGGGUACAAUUCCUGAUAUGAGUGGAAUGAAUGCUUUAGAAACUUUGCAUUUGGAGAACAACCAACUGGAAGGAUCAGUUCCUAAAUCACUGGAAGAAUUACCUAAUCUGCAUGAAAUAUUUCUCCAAAACAACAAAUUCAAUGGCAGCACCCCGACAUCUCUGACGAAGAAAGAUGGUGUUAACGUUAAGCUCUCUUUUGUAAAUCAUCUGUCAGAGGAAGAAUAA